UUUGCUUUUCCCACAGAAACUUCUAGAUUGGCGCUGUGAAAUUUUUCCGGAAAUGUCUGGAAAUAUCCAAGGGCCCGAACGGCGGAUCCUCCUGGUGGGCAUAACCGGCACGGGGAAAAGCGCGGUGGGCAACACCAUCCUGGGAAGCCCGGUCUUCGAAUCCAAGAUGUCAUUCGUCUCCGUCACCCAGACUUGCCAACGGGAGGAGGCUCUGCUGAACGGCCGGAAAGUGGUGGUGGUGGACACGCCGGGCUUCCUCGACACGGCUCGUCUGCCGCUGGAAACCUUGGCCGAAUUGAGCAAGUGCAUCAAGUUUUGCCCCCCGGGCCCCCAUGUCAUCCUGCAGGUGAUGCGUGUGGGCUGGUUCACUCAGGAGGAGAAGCACGUGGCGCGCUUGAUGGAGUUCUUCAGCUUGAAGGGCAAGGAUUACAUGAUCAUCCUCUUCACCCACAAGGACAAGCUGGAGGGCAAAACCCUGGAGAAGUUCAUCGCCGAAGGCAAUGCGGGCCUGAAGGAGCAGGUGUACCAGUGCGGCAACCGCUUCCUGGCAUUUAACAACAAGGCUGAAGGCGCAGAGCGCGAAGCUCAGGUGGGCCAGCUGAUGGCCAUGAUUGACGCACUGGUGCAGAAGAACUGCGCCGCGCCGUGCUACACGGAGGAGAUGCUCAAGGCUGAGAAGGAGCACUUUGCCAAAAACUGUGGCUUUUCCUUGCUGUCUCCUUUCCUUUGAGGGGGACGGCGGCGAAACGUUCGGGCCAGCUUCCAGGGGCCGCAACGGCAACUCCACGGAUCGUCUUUUGCUCGGCUUGUCCCGCUUCAGCUUUCUGCUUCCCCCUCCAGAACUCCCCCACAGGAGAUUUUCAUGGCGGAGUUUCCCUGAGCUGAUUCCGUCUCCCGAGAAGCUGGUUUCUCCACGGGGUUGAAAGGGGUCCC